AUCUUCAUGAGCAGACGCGCCGCACAGCCGUGACGCGCUCCGCUGCGGAGGAUGUCCGUUAGCGCGGCGGCGGCGGCGGCGGCGGACGGAGGCGUCAAUAAAGUCCAGGUCAAGCGACAGAUCAGGUGCAUCGUGAAGGAUCUCGAGAACAUCUUGGGAGACCUGAAGGAUGUGGCGAAGGAACUCAAAGAGGUGGUUGAGGAGAUCGACUGCCUGACGUCUGAUCUCCGUCUGGAGGAGGAUCUGACGGACAGCUCCAAGACGGACACGCUCAACAGCAGCUCCAGCAGCACCACCACAGCCUCCAGCGUCAAGAUCUACCCCGAGGAGACGCUCUUCAGACCUCCAGCCGUCCUCACCGUCCUGAAGAGACCCACGCCGCCGGUUCCUCCGCCCCGGAGCACUCCGUCCAGAGCCGAGGAGAUCCCGCUGAUGCAGAGCGGAGUGCCCAGCAGAGACUCUGCGAAGAGCCUCGGCGAGAGCCGCUGUCCUCAGACCACGAGAGAGCGAGUGCGCUUCAGCGAGAAGGUGCAGUAUCACGGCUACUGCCCAGACUGUGACACGAACAGCACAGAGCUGCACUUACACACCGAGCUGAUCGACGCCAAACACAGUCCCGUCCAUCAGUGCUCCGAGAACGGCGGCCUCGCUUUCCCCUCGCAGAAACCACACAAGACCAUUUUACGCAAGUCCACCAGCACCACCGUUUGACGCAGACCGAGGCUGAACGAACUUCUCUUUAUAGUUUCCUUUUGUUUGGAGAGGAGACAGAAGGAGAGUGUUGAACGGGUGCUUCCUUCAUCAUUAAAGGAAUAGUUCAGCCAGAAAUAGUGCUCACCCACAGGAUCAUCCGAGAUCAGGAUGAGUUUGUUUCUUCAUCAGCUCAUCUUCAUCUCAUCACGCUCGCCGUUCCUGACAGAAAGAGAUGUUCUUCACAGCGGAGCCAGAGCAUUUGAUCACAUCACCCUUUAAAGAAAAGAAACCAAAAACGACUAACAAUCCACCGCGAAAGACACAUUCAGUCCAACGCUGCCAGAGAAUCAGAAGUUUGUAAAGGACCUUCUAUGUUUUUGUAAAGAAAGCCUUCAAAUACAAGAAGCAUAUUUUUGAUAUUUUCUAAGAUGAUUUUAAAGAUGUCACACAGUAUAUGAUGGAAAAUGUAUUUAUGUACUGAUUAAAAAC